AUGGCACCUGAUGAUCUCCAUGUUUUCUCACAGCUAUCAACAGCAACUGUAACUCAGCGGAUCACUAUCCCGUUCGCAGGAGCUUUCGGUGUAGUAAAACAUCGCCUCGAGAAGAUUUUUGAGAGUGUAGAGCCUUCAACAGAUGAGGAAUCCGGGCUUCCAGCACUGAAAGUACACGGAAGAGUGACGUUGAAACAAGAGUCAGAGAAGCACAUCUCGCUUCAGUGGUCAUCAGAUCCGAUAAGCGACAUGGUUUCAGAUUCCAUUGUAGCUCUGGUUCUCAACAUCAGCCGUGAAGUCCCCAAGAUCGUUGUGGAAGAAGAAGACGCUGUAAAAUCCGAGGAACAGAACGGGAAGAAAGUGGAGAAAGUGAUAUACGCUCUCCUUGUGUCACUCUUUGGGGAUGUGAAACUUGGAGAGAACGGGAAGCUGGUAAUUACGGUCGAUGGCAAUGUGGCUCAGCUCGACAAAGAGAGCGGAGCUGUGGAGAGUGAGCAUGGAGGUCUUAAGGAAAGAGUCAGGUUAGCUUUUGAGCGGAUUCGAAGCGCUGUGAAACCAAUCCCUCUCACAGCUUCUUAG